GUAAAGGCCAGCAGCAAAGUUCGAGGCAAGAAAAAAUGAUACUUUCACGUGGCAAGACGGAUUCAGCCAGCUCACGGCAUGUGGCAAGCGGCGGUGGCAUGCAACAGCAGCAACGCAAAGCCCCCGCACCGGCAACAUUAGAGGAUUUCAUCAUCAGGCGUGACUAUACAGGUGCGCGAGCCUUCUUAGAGUAUGCAAACGAUGAGCAGGACGGGGAGGGCGAGGAGACGGCUCAGCAAAACGAACAGCAACAGAAACAAAUCGAUCUGUGGAUUGCCUAUUGCAAUUUCCAUUUGGGCGACUAUCAACAGGCCCUGAAUCAAUAUCAGGCCUUAAAGGAUCCCCAGCUGGACCUCAACAUAGCCGUCUGCAUGUUCUAUUUGGGCUUGUACGAGGAGGCACAGCAGCUAAUGGAAGGCACUGCCGAGACGCCGCUGAAGCAGCGUCUACUCUUCCAUCUCGCCCACAAGCUGGGCGACGAUCAGCAAUGGGCAGACCUUCUGGAUAUGCUGCUGAGCACGCCCAGCGUUGAGCAGCAACUAAGCCUCGCCUCGAUGCACUAUAUGCGCGCCCAUUACCAGGAGGCUAUCGAUGUGUAUAAGCGGGUCUUGGUCGACAACAAGGAUUACUUGGCCAUUAACGUGUAUCUGGCAUUGUGCUUCUAUAAGCUGGACUACUACGACAUGUCGCAGGAGGUGCUCGAUGUGUAUUUAAGCCAGCACAGCGAUAGUACCAUUGCCAUCAAUCUGAAGGCCUGCAAUCGCUUUCGACUCUUCAGCGGACGCGUCGCUGAGCAGGAGAUCAAAAACAUUGCUGACAACGGGACAUUCGGUGCGGAUUUGAUACGUCACAAUUUGGUGGUAUUUCGAAAUGGCGAGGGAGCACUCAGAGUGCUGCCUGCUCUACUCAAUAUUGUGCCCGAGGCCCGCCUAAAUCUGGCCAUCUAUUAUUUGAAGCAGGGCGAUGUGCAGGAGGCGCAUGCCCUCAUGAAAGAAUUGCAACCAACAUCGCCACAUGAGUAUAUCCUCAAGGGCGUGGUGCAUGCCGCACUCGGUCAACAAUUGGGCUCGAAGGAGCACAUCAAAACGGCACAGCAAAAUCUACAUCUUGUGGGCAGCUCAGCCACAGAAUGUGAUACGAUACCCGGACGUCAGAGCAUGGCCUCGGCAUUCUUUCUAUACGAACAGUUCGAGGAGGUGCUCGUCUACAUGAAUUCUAUACGCAGUUACUUUGUAAACGAUGACGUAUUCAACUAUAAUUUCGCCCAGGCUAAAUGCGCCACGGGCUAUUACAAGGAGGCCGAGGAGCUGCUAAUUCAGAUCAGCGAUAUGGACAUAAAGAAUCAGCAUACCUAUUGCAUGAUCCUCUCCAAAUGCCAUAUACACUGCGGCCAUCCAGAGCUGGCAUGGAAUAUAUUUAUUACAAGAGACACAAAUGCUGAAGCAUUCCUUUUGCUGCAGCUAAUUGCGAACGAGUGCUACAGGUGCGAGGAGUUCUGGGUGGCUGCCAAAGCAUUCGACAUGCUUGAGAAACUCGAUCCCAGCCCGGAGAACUGGGAGGGCAAGCGCGGCGCUUGUGCCGGUGUGCUUUAUGCCAUGGCAACCAAGGCCCAACGGGGUCGCCCAACUGGAGGCAUCUCCGAGGUAAUUGGCCUACUGCGUGAAUCAUCGAAUUCACAGGCAGAUGCAAUGAUUAAGACAAUUAGAAAAUAUAUAAGUAGUUUCAAGUGA